UUAAGUGUUGUCGGUCGGUGUAAUAAUUAGUGCCAAAGUGACACCAUGGUUGGACGGACUUACUGGGUUUUUCUAUUAGCCUUGGCUACGGCGUUGGCGGAACCUCUGCUGUCAUUCCCAGAAAAUGUGAGAAGUGGAGCAGGCCGCAUAGUCUCCGGAUGGGAGGCUGAGGAGGGCCAGUUCCCCUUCCAGCUGUCCCUUCGCAUGGUGAGUCCUGUGGGCGCGGUUACUGCCUGUGGCGGAUCUAUAGUCCACCCUGAAUGGGCCAUCACUGCUGCUCACUGCACUGCUACCCGUGUGUCAGUGAUAAUCCGCGCAGGCGCCGUCAGCCUGACCAGGCCAUAUUACAUCUUCGAGACCACCGAGUACUAUAACCAUCCCCUGUACGUUGAGGCGCUGCAGGGCUUCGUCCAACCCAAUGACAUCGGUCUUCUGAAGUUUAAUAGACAGCUUGAGUUCAAUUACAGAGUCCAGCCAAUCAGGGUCCAGCGAUCAGCAGACAGGGACUACAAUUACGCCAACUCCAGGCUGGAAGCCAGCGGAUGGGGUUUAAACUGGACCUCUCCCCUGGGCAGUUCCCCCGAGAACCUCAACUGGGUGUACCUGAGUGGUACCAGCAACUUUGAAUGCUGGCUGGCCUUCAGCGGCAGCUCGAUCAUUGUAGACUCCACAAUCUGUGCCAGAGGGUACAAUGACACAACUCAAUCUACUUGCUCGGGUGACAGCGGUGGUCCUCUCACCGUGGUGGACGGUGAUGGCCAGCGGACUUUAGUCGGGGUAGCUUCAUUCGUGUCUGCUUCUGGAUGCCACGUCGACCUUCCAGCAGGUUUCAUCCGCCCUGGCUACUACCACGACUGGUUUACACAAGUCACGGGAAUAAACUUCGAUUGGGAUGAUUUCGAAAUACCGUCGACAACGGAACCGGAACCAGAAACUACACCACAACCUGAGCCCGAACCUUCUACAACUUCUCGUCCGGAACCUGAGCCACAGCCGUCGACAACUUCGCGUCCGGAACCUGAGCCACAGCCGUCGACAACUUCGCGUCCGGAACCUGAGCCACAGCCGUCGACAACUUCGCGUCCGGAACCUGAGCCACAGCCGUCGACUACUUUGCGUCCGGAACCUGAGCCACAGCCGUCUACAACUUCGCGUCCGGAACCUGAGCCACAGCCGUCGACAACUUCGCGUCCGGAACCUGAGCCACAGCCGUCGACUACUUUGCGUCCGGAACCUGAGCCACAGCCGUCUACAACUUCGCGUCCGGAACCUGAGCCACAGCCGUCGACAACUUCGCGUCCGGAACCUGAGCCACAGCCGUCGACAACUUCGCGUCCGGAACCUGAGCCACAGCCGUCGACAACUUCGCGUCCGGAACCUGAGCCACAGCCGUCGACAACUUCGCGUCCGGAACCUGAGCCACAGCCGUCGACAACUUCGCGCCCGGAACCUGAGCCACAGCCGUCGACUACUUCGCGUCCGGAACCUGAGCCACAGCCGUCGACUACUUUGCGUCCGGAACCUGAGCCACAGCCGUCGACAACUUCGCGUCCGGAACCUGAGCCACAGCCGUCGACAACUUCACGUCCGGAACCUGAGCCAGAGACUUCUACAACCUCCCGUCCGGAACCUGAGCCUCAACCAGAGACUACAGAUCAACCAGAAUUAGUACCAGAACCAACCACAGAAGUAGCUACUGAUAUAUCAGAUUCUGAAGAAUUCGGAGUCCUAAAUUAUUUAAAAUCAUUCUUCUAUUAUAAAAUGUAAAGAAGAAGCCUUGCACAGCAGUGGAGCACUACAAUAGAUAAAUAAUAAAUAAACAACGAUACAUUAUAACAAAAUGACUUGUCAUUACAUGUGUUAAACAAUUUUUUUUUGUAUAUUUCACUCAAUUGUGGCUAUAAAGAAUAUUGGUAUUGUAUUGUAUUGUAUUGUACUGUACUGUACUGUCAUCUUAGUUUUAUUUUACGUAAUUAAAAAUAUAAAAUUUUAAUCUGA